GGUGAUUUGGCGCAAAUACGCUAUAGCAGUUUACCUCGUUCAACUAUGUCUGAACCGUUAAGCAACUGUACUAUGCCAGCAACAGACAGUCCAAGUAACAUUGUUUUUAGCCAAAACCUCGGAUAUGACGUGUCCGGCAACAGUGGCAUACAAGGACCAAGUCUCGAACCGGUGUCUGAAGAGGCUCGAAUGCGUGCGUCAUCGAAUUUUGAAAACAUCAACAUGCUAAAUAAUUGCAGCAAUGCAGAGAUAUCAAAUUACUAUUUGAAGACAGAGGACUCGAUAUUGUACUCAUCACCUGAGUCAGCAGCAUUUACUACAUAUAAUAGUGAUGCUGUACCACCGAGAAAUUCUGAAAAGAGGCUGAAUAGCUAUUUUCAACAUCAGCAGUCCAACAGCACAACAAUAAAUUCCUGUUUAAGCACAUCAACGACUUCCAAGAGCAACGACAACCUUACGUCUGAUAACCAUUAUACCAACAGUGCCAAAGGUGUACGUAAAUUCCAUUUUAUCAAUGCAUUCAUUCCAUCCUUUGUUUUUGUGGUUAUUGUAAUGACAAUAUCCGCCAUCAUUGUACUUGAAUCAGAUUCGGAUAUUUUUGAGCAGAUCCGAAAUCUCCCUGAAAUGAUAAGUUUACGUUAUCAAUAUUACCAACCUCUUAAGGAGUAUAUUCUACAAAAAGUUGGACGAAAAACAUAAAACGUUCUCAACAAACAAUAUAAUGCUUAUAAAUAAUAAAUAAAAAGGGCUUUUCCACUAAAUCUUACACUUUA